CACGUGUUAGAGAAUAUGUCUCGCCGCUCUACUCGAACUCGAACCGCUAUCGUGCCUGCUACUGAUGCUCCUAUCUCGUCACCAAACAAGCUCAAGGAAAGGAGUACAACAGCAUUAUCAACUUCUGUAAAACCAUCUGUCAAGAUUACAAAAAACACAACCACGGCAGAUGCAGAUAAACAGAGCAAGGAAAACAAGGACAAGGUCAAGGACAACAGGGUAGACGCAGACACUUCACCAGAUGAUGAAAAAAAGAACGACUUGAUCGUGCCCUUAAAGAAACGCCGGAUCACAAAGGAGCGAAAACAACAACAGGAACUCGACAUUGAGAGCGAUGUCAAAAGUCGAUGUACAUGGGCAGCUAACACAAAAUACCCUCUUUUGCAACAGUAUCACGACACUGAAUGGUGCAUUCCCGGCGGCUUCAAUCGUACAAACCGCUACCUCUUUGAGAUGUUGAUUCUUGAAGGCGCUCAAGCUGGCUUGUCCUGGGCAACUGUGCUCCAUAAACGGGAGGCAUACCGUAAAGCCUAUGAUAACUUUGACUAUAAUGUGAUUGCAGACACCUACACCUCACCAGAAUCGAACGAGCGUCUAUUGAAGACGGAUAUUAUUAAGAACAAACUCAAGGUUGAAGCAUCCAUCGUCAAUGCCAGGGCAUUCAAAAGAUUGCUCCAAGAGCUUUAUCCUGAUCAGGCCCAGCCAGAGGACGAAAAUGGGUUCUGGCAAUUCUUGCAGGCCUACAAAUAUAGACCGAAAGGUCAGGAAAGGGCCAAAAGUACGAGCCAUCAUCUGGAGAAGGAUAUUAUCGUCAAGAAUGAAGAGUCUGAUCGCUUGAGCGCUGACUUGAAGAAGCUAGGCUUCAAGUUUGUUGGUAGUACAAUCAUGUAUGCCUUUCUCCAGGCUAUCGGGAUGGAAGUAGAAGGUGUCCAUCAUAGUCGCGAUUGCUUCAUGAAUCCCAAUAACAUGUAGGCUAUCUGGCUAUCUGUGAAU